UUCUCUUUCUGUCUAUCUGUCUAAACUACUGUUCGAACGUCAGACUGAGUUUGAUGUCCGAGGCAACUGAUGCUUCCAUUGCCAGACCACACGGUUGCAAAAUAAUCUAAGCUUUUCGAAGAGAAAGCAUGGCAGACAAAUGGAAGCACACGGCUCUCCUAGUAAUUGACAUGCAGAAUGAUUUUGUUUUAGAAGAUGGAUUGAUGAGAGUGAAUGGAGGCAAAGCCAUAGUCCCUAAUGUCAUCAGGACUGUUGAAAUCGCCAGGCAGCGUGGCAUUCUCGUCGUCUGGGUUGUUCGUGAACAUGACUAUUUAGGAAGAGAUGUUGAACUCUUUCGCCGGCACUUGUACUCUCGUGAUAAGGGGGGUCCAACCACUAAGGGAAGCUUUGGUGCAGAACUAGUGGAUGGCCUUGUGAUAAAAGAAGGAGAUUACAAGUUGGUGAAGACUCGUUUUAGUGCAUUCUUUGCUACCCAUCUUCAUUGUUUUCUUCAGAGUAAUGGUGUCACUAAUUUAGUGGUUGUUGGUGUUCAAACUCCAAAUUGCAUCAGACAGACUGUCUUUGAUGCAGUAGCACAUAAUUACCAAUCUGUUACUGUUAUUGUUGAUGCCACAGCUGCUGCUACACCUGAUGUACACGAUGCCAAUAUCUUUGACAUGAAAAAUGUUGGAGUUGCAACACCAACACUACAGGAGUGGUGUGAAACCAAUGCUUGAUCCAUCAAAUGAUCGAACUGGAAUGGAUUCUACCCUGACCUGGUUGAGACUAUUCUCUUCUACAUUAGAGUACCAUAUGCACCCUGCAGCCUCGCAGUAUUCAACUUGCCUUUCCAUCAUCCCAUAUGUGGAACGUGGAGUACUAUGAUAUAAAGCUGUUUGUCUUUCACCAUGUGUAUGUUUUAUUUAAUUGAUAAUCAUUACUGUUCUUAUUUCCAUGCUAUUAUAAGAAUAAAGAAGAAUGAGUCCAGCUAUAUCAAGCCUUCUUAGUUUAUUUAACUGUUCCCAUUCAGGCAGUGUAAAACAGAUAGUGACAGAAUGCCAUAA